GUGACGGUCCGGGCAUUCCAGCAUGACAUUCCUGUUUUCCGUGGUGGCUCUGGCGCUCCUGGCGCUGUCCUCGCUGGACCGGGCCGACUCCUCCGCGUACGACAAGAUCGUGACGCACAGCCGCAUCCGGGCAAAGAACGAGGGGCCCAACGUCUGUGCUCUCCAGCAGGUCAUGGGGACCCAGAAGAAAUACUUCAGCACGUGUCGAAACUGGUACCGUGGGUCCAUCUGCGGCAAGAAGGCGACCAUUCUCUAUGAGUGUUGCCCCGGAUACAUGAAGCUGGAUGGCAUGCGAGGAUGCCCUGCAGUGGCCCCCAUCGACAACAUCUACGGCACUCUGGGCAUGGUCAAAGCCACCACCACGCAGAAGUACUCGGACAUGUCCAAACUGCGAGAGGAGAUCGAGGGGUCGGGCCCGUACACGAUGUUCGCCCCCAGCAACGACGCCUGGGACCUCCUGCACCCGGAAGUGCGGGGCGGACUGGUGAGCAAUGUGAACAUCGAGCUCUACAACGCCCUCCGCUACCACAUGGUCAACCGCCGUCUCCUGACCAAGGACCUGAAGAACGGAAUGACGCUCACGUCUUUGUACCUCGAUCUGGGCCUGUACAUCAACCACUACUCAAACGGGGUUGUAACGGUGAACUGCGCCAGGAUUAUCCACGCUAACCAGGUGGCCACCAACGGGGUGGUGCAUGUGAUCGACCGGGUCAUCACUGCUGCUGGGAACUCCAUCAGGGACGUCCUGGAAGUCGACGAUGAUCUUUCCACUCUGAGUGCCCUGGCUCAGGACGCAGGUCUUUUGGACCGACUCGGAGAGCCGGGUCAGCUGACCCUGUUCGCCCCGACCAACCAGGCCUUUGAAAAGAUGGACAAGGACGUGCUGGAGAGACUGAUGAGCGACAAGGACAUCCUCCGAGCUCUGCUGAAGUACCACCUGCUGAGCUCGGUCCAGUGCUCGGAGGCCAUCAUGGCGGGCACGUCUUACGAGACGGAGGAGGGCGCCAACAUCGAGAUCGGCUGCGACGGAGACAGCCUGACGGUCAACGGCAUCAGGAUGGUGCUGAAGAAGGACAUCGUCACCUCCAACGGGGUCAUCCACCUCAUCGACCAGGUGCUCAUGCCCGACUCAGCUAAGGACGUGUUGGAGCUGGUGGGCCCGUCUCAGAGCACCUUCAGUGACAUGGUGGCCGAGCUGGGCCUGCAGGAGGCCAUGAGGCCCAAAGACCAGUACACGCUCCUGGCUCCGCUCAACUCCGUGUUCUCCGAGGAUAUCUUGCGCAUGGAUCACAAACUCCUGAAGAUCAUUCUGGAAAACCACAUUGUGAAGCUGAAGUACAAUGGGCAGCUGCUGGAAACCCUCGGUGGAAGGUUCCUGAGGGUGUUCAUCUACCGAACUGCGGUGUGCAUAGAGAACUCCUGCAUGGUGCGGGGCAGUAAGGAGGGCAGUAACGGGGCUCUGCACCUGGUGAGGAGGCUCAUCAAACCGGCUGAGACCAGCAUGUACCAGCUCCUGAAGGUGGACGGGCGCUUCAAGAUCUUCCUGGCCCUGAUGGAAACGGCUGGUCUCGCAGAGCUGCUCCACCAGGAGGGGGCCUUCACCCUGUUUGCCCCCACGGACGACGCCUUCUCUGGGCUGACUGACGCAGACCUCGCCGUGCUCACCAGCGACAUGAACGUCCUGCGCACCAUCCUCCUGUACCACAUCAGCAACGGAAUCUUCAUCAACGGCGGGCUGGAGGGCGGAGUCACCAACCUGCUGAAGAGCAUGCAGGGCAAGAACCUGCGCGUGCUGUCCGUUAACAACUCCAUCCAGGUCAAUUCCCUCAACGUGUCUGACAGCGACCUGAUGGCGUCCAAUGGUGUGAUCCACGUGGUGAAGACCAUACUGUACCCUGGAGAUCUUCCAGUGGGACGGCAGGACCUGCUGCUGCUACUGCAGAGACUCAUUAAAUACAUGCAGAUUAAGUUCAUAUCUGGCUACACCUACCAUCAGAUCCCCCUCACCUUCCUCAAGCGCACCAUCACCACCCACAUCAUCAAAACAGUGCCUGAAGUCACAACGGUCACCAAGGUGAUCGAAGCAGAGCCCACCAUUACCAAAGUCACCAGAGUGGUCGAAGGCGACCCGACGUUCACCACGGUCACCCGGGUCAUUGGAGGAGACGUGUCUCUCGAGGGCGAACCGUCCGUCAUUAAGCUCACAAUCGAAGGGGAAACGGACCAGUCCGCUACCACGGUCACGAGACUCAUCGAAGGGGAGUCCUCCAUCACCAAGGUCACCAAGGUCGUCGAAGGGGAGCCAUCUAUCACCAAGGUGACCAGGGUCAUCGAAGGCGUAGUGGAGCCGUCUGUUACCAGGGUGACCAAGGUCAUUUCGGGGGAGCCGUCCGUCAGGAAGGUUACCCGGGUGAUCGAAGGGGAUCCCGCACUCACACAAGUCACCAGAGUCAUCGACGGGUUCUCCUCAGGGGGCGAGUUGGACGUUGACGAGGAGCUCAAGAGGAUCGUGGAGGAAGAAGGUGGAAAGAGGUUCAGCACCACGGUUACCAGGGUGGUUCCAGGGAAGCCUCACAUCAUCGAGGGGGAUUUCGCCAAGAUUAGCGCCGCAUCGGAAAAUCCAGAGCUGAUCGAUGCAGAGUCACAAAGAAUCACCAAAAUCAUCAAAGAAGCCAGACCAAUGAAGAAGAGAUUAGCUGUCAAAAGAGGUCCAGUCGGAGUGAGGAGGAAAAGACCAAUGCGGCGCCCGGUCCAGCCGGCGCAGUGAUCCCGGAAAACCUGGAACGCCGACGUGCCUCCCCAGCCCGGAAUCCUUGGGAAUAUUAAAGACGGAAAAUGGGAAAAACAGACACCUCUGUGGCCUAAAACCGCAUGGAGAGUGCAGGACAAUGGUUGUGGAUCAACUUUCUGAACCCUAAACGAGCCAAAGGCAAUUGUUUAAGCAAUAUAUUAGGGUGUCCAAAAAAAAAAAAACGGACACUUAAUUUUUAAUAUCUGGGGAAAACAAAAUAUUUUUUAUAAUAAAAAAACAUAUUUAGAAUGAAACAUAUAUGUGAAUGGUGUACAUAUAUGUGAUAUGGGGCUAUGAAAAGCGUUUUUGGUUGUAGGGGGAACGGGAGGACAGAGGAGGGCGGUCUCUGAUGGAUGGCGUGUUGAUUAAAUGUCCAGACAGAGCGAGGGUGAGAUGUUAUUGUGUCAGACGGCCAAGCGGACGGAGGGCGGGACUGGAAAGUCGUACCGCUUGCAUGAAUACGAUUUUAUGGUGCUUGCAUUCCAAAAUCAGAAUGUAUCUUUCUUCUGUUCAGCAGAAAUGAACAAGGCUUCUCUGUUUUCAGAUGCUAACUAAUGCCGCAUCUCUGUAAAUUAUGGAUUCCUCCAAAAUCUCAGCGUUCCUCUUUGCAUUGUUUUAUUUUUCCUGCUUUUUUACCUAUUGUACGUGUUUGUACUGUACGUUUGUUUAUUUUCAGAUUGAAGAUGCGAAUGUUGCAGUCUUGUAAUUUGAAUGUUUUGUUUAAUUUUUUUUGUUGGGUUCUGUACAAUGAUGUACACAAAACAUUUCAAUCUCUUACAAAAUUUUUUUUUUUUUUAACGUUUUUGGAUACGAUUGUUAAAUAAAAGUUAGUAUGAAAUGUAA